CGCCUAGUUGCCGGACACUUCUGGGAAGCUCUGCGAGUUUGUUCCACGCGAGCCAUACUAUUGGUGCCUCGUUUUCCGCAGGCCAUGGUAGUCUAUCCUCGUCGUGGGUGGGCGAGCGGCUGUGGAUCUGGGUACGUCCCACAGGGACGUUGACAAGUUUAGAACCUCUGGAAUAAAUAAAUAGAGACAAGGGAUCGUGGUCAGAGACACUGCCAACUCAGCUUUCCUCCUCCUUGAACUCGCAAUGGCUACCAAGCAUACGCAGGUUUAUGGCGAUGCAGAGAAGGGGACGCUGGAGGUUCACUCUCCCCAAGUCGCUGCAACCCAUGAGAAGAGCGAAAAGAAGCCCAUAGACAUCACUGUCUUUCCCGUCCCGGCGUUGAAGAAAGAUGCACCCACAACACCUCCUGCAAAGCCGGCAGCGAAGCCGAAGCCGAAGAGGAAGGUUUCUAGAUGGAUCCUCUGGGUCAUUUGGUACAAUACCUACAGGAAGUUCUUCACCUUCGUGCUCUCGAUAAACUUGAUCGGGAUCGGGCUGGCAGCGUCUGGCCACUUCCCCUACGCGAUGGGGUACCCUGGUGCAUUCGUCAUCGGCAAUUUGAACUUUUCUGUCCUGAUGCGUAACGAAAUCUUUGGUCGUUGUCUCUACGGCUUCGUCAACACGUUCUUCGCCAAGUGGACUCCUCUCUGGUGGCGUCUUGGCUGCACCUCAGUACUUCAGCAUCUCGGCGGUAUUCACAGCGGAUGUGCAUCGUCUGGUAUCGCUUGGCUGAUCCUGAUGAUCGUGUUCCAAUGGAAGGAGUUCUAUAUGUUCAACGAUUCCAUUCUCGCGUUCGGUAUCAUCACGGUUGUGGUCCUCUGCAUCACACUUGUAGCAGGCUUGCCUAUCGUCAGAAACACGCAUCACAAUGUCUUCGAGAGAAACCAUCGUUUCUUCGGAUGGAGUUCUCUCUUCUUGAGUUGGGUUUACGUUAUCCUCACCAAUACAUAUGACUCGUCGACAAAAACUUGGAACACAAGUGGCGUUCAUGUCGUACGCCAACAGGCUUUCUGGUACGUCGUGGGAAUGACCACCUUCAUCGUUUUGCCCUGGAUCUGCACACGCAAGGUUAAGGUUGACAUUGAGCUGCCCUCUCCGAAGGUCGCUGUCCUCCGCUUCGAGCGAGGUAUGCAGCAAGGUCUCCUUGCGCGCGUUAGCCGCUACGCGGUUUGGGAGUACCACGCCUUUGGUAUCAUUUCGGAAGGAACUCAUGCAAAGUACCACUACCUGAUUUGCGGUGUGCAAGGCGACUUUACCAAGAGCCUGGUCAACGAUCCACCCAGAAAGAUUUGGACGAGAGAGCUCAAGCUCGCUGGUGUCUCCAACACGUCCACGCUCUAUCGUCGUGGGAUCCGUAUCUGCACCGGAACCGGUCUCGGCGCGGCUCUGUCGACGUGCAUUCAGUCUCCCUAUUGGUACCUAAUAUGGAUAGGAUCCGACCAGGAAAAGACUUUCGGUCCCACAAUUAGUGGUCUUAUCCAUAGGCAUCUCGGCCCGGAGCGGUAUCUCCUGUGGGAUAGCAAGGAGAGAGGUGGCCGUCCGGAUACGAUGAAAAUUCUCAAGGAAGUGUACGACUACUGGCAAGCCGAAGUCGUCUUCAUCACGUCCAACUUCAUAGGUAACGCUGAGAUUCAGCAAGGAUGUAAGGCUGCUGGUAUUCCUGCUUUCGGGACGCUGUGGGAUUUCUAAUCCACGAGGGAAAUCUGGGCUCACACACCCAUGGUGGUGUGAGAUUUGGCUGGCCGUUGUUAUCCACGCGUCUUGGACUCCCAGCAUCUAUGCGGUCAUGUCGGGCUUCUCAGUGCAUUAUGGAAUAUAUAGAAGCCUCAGAAGAGAUUGACGUAGGCAUGUUUCACGAUCUACAUUGAGAUGAUGAUAGCCCUUCGGACGGAUGGCGCCGGAGGCUCUGUGGGCGACCAAGGGGCCUCAUCAUACAUAUUUCUGAUAAUGUCAUGGCUCUUGCCCUGGCAAACCAUUUGUACUUAUUUAACCCAUCUCCAUUUCAUAGCAAUUUAUGUAGAUAUCUU